UAAAACAGAUGUAAUAUUUCAGUAUUCUGUGCCAUUCAGCCAUUACUAACUGACAAAUGCAACACAUUAGAAUAGUCCUCCAAAUGACUUAAUGUGACUCUAAAGAUGGAUAUUGUCAGUCAUUCUAAUCGUACUGGAGUGUUUCCUGGAUAUGGAAUAUAUUCUCCACCUUAUGAAAAAAAGGCAGCAUUCCCUAAAAUGCUUUAUCGAGGGCAUGCUGUUCGACUCGAUAAAGGUAGUCGUGACUCGUACUAUCAGCAACAUGUUGUUCGAAAAUAUCAAAUGCAUUCUUUAAAUGCUGGGUUUUCAGGCAAAGAAGGUAUUCCAUUAAAAGAUCAGAAUAAUUUCAAAUUUCCAUCACAGAGAACUUUUUGUCCAAGAACACCCAGAGGAAAAUGGACCAAUUUUCCAAUGACUGUUGAAAUGGGAAAGUAUACCAGGGGAUUUGAAGGAAAAUAUGUGGCAAAUCCUGCAUCUGCGACAGUAAGAGAGAAACCCAGACCUACACCGGUUCGCACUCGAACAGCAUUUUCAACGCGGCGAUCUGUUGAUUUACCAUCAAGACCAUUGCCAUCGCCUCUUGAUUUUGCAAUGGAAUCCCGAUUGUAUGAAGAAAUAGAACCAGAAAUAAUAGAUAUUAUGGCUGCACGUAAUGAGGUUUUCCAGUCAUAUCAAAACCGAGUGGAAAGUGCUCUUAUGAGCGAUAAUGAUCGUGGCAAUGGACUUGGAAGCAAUCCAGUCAGUAGACUUGGAUUUACUUCUGAUUUUAAGCCUUCAAAUAAACAAAGUCGAGCCAGGCCAAAAACUACUUCAUUUUUUGUUGAAGGACCAAAUUCUAAUCUUCUACUUCCUGUACCCUUUGUAAUGCCAAGUAAUCGUGCAUAUCGUCCUCUGCAACUCAAGCAAAGAAGCUUUUCAGCUCCUGUUGCAGUUGCUGGUGUAAACUAAUUCCUAGAUUUAUAUUUUAUCUUUUCCCAUUCUAGAUAUUUAGAAGUGAAAUUUUAUGUCAUGCUGAAGUGCCAUGUUUUCUCACUUGAGUUUAUCAUGAGUUGUAAAUAUGAUAUAUUUUUCUCUUGUUAUCAUGUUAUACAUUAGGCCUAUUCAACAUUGUAAUUUUUAUGUUUAUCAAAUUGAAAUUUACCUUUUAUUUGUAGGUUGUAUUAUCAAUUUAAAUCAAUGUAACAUAAACUUAACUCAGGAUUAAGUUAUAUCAGUAUAUUAAUGAAAAAAUUCUUUAUUUAUAAUUUUUUAUUGAGAUUCAUUUUGUAAUUUUGCCAAAUUUUUAUUUAAAAAUCAAUGUUCAACACUGUAAUUAAGUAUUGUGCCAAAAGCAAAAAUACAUUGCUUGCUUCAAUUUAUCAUAUGUAAUUUUACCUAUGUUGUUUAGGAUUUGUGACAAAUUUAAUUAUCGUUUUUUAUUCAACUGAGUACACUAGUCAUAUUGAACUAAAAAUAAAUAAUGUAGUGUUUCUUCACUUAUUCGCAUUGAGGUAAUGAGGUUGAUAUACUUUUAUAAGCAUAGUAAACAGUGUUCCACCAUAUGCUGCAUUUUCAAAAACUGUUAUUUAUAAAAAAAAGGCUUGAUAUUUAUGAUGUAUCUUGAAUUGAUAUUCUCAUUAAUUAUGUUAACUUCCCCAUUUUGUUCUGAGUGUCCUCCUUGUAAGCAAAAGCUCAGGUUUGAGUCUGUAUGCUUUGUUGUUAUACAGUGAAUAUUACUGGCCAAUGGCCAUAACUCAAACACAAAAGUUUUAAAAUAACAUGUGAAUAACAUUUGAAACAACUCUAUUAUUAUAAACUAUUUCCCCAAAAAAGAUUUUGGUUUGUUUAAUAAGUCGCUUUUCAUGAAACGGAAUAAUAAUAAUGAUAAAUGCUAGCAUUCUUUCUUGUGGCUGCUUUGUUUUUUAAUAAAGUUCAUUUAAAUGAUCUGUGAUAAAAAUAUCUGCACAUAUUAUGUACAUAAUUAUUUUAUAUUUCUCGUUAUAAUUUGAAUUGUUCAAUCGCACAACAAAAUUAUGAUAUAUCAUGAAUUGGUUUUGUUAGAGUUUGGUAUGAAUCGUGGCCUAACCAAUUUUGUGGUGGUUAUAGUAGCAAAAUGAACAUAUGCAAGGGUUCUCAUAUCUUAUAAAUAGGCCCAAUUUAAAUUCAUGACAAUUAUUUCAAAUUGCAACUUAUAUAUAUAUGAGUUUUCACUGUUUUAAUCUCAAAAUAAUUGAUAUAAAUUUAUUGGCUCUUUUUUUUUAUAGCUUUAUUCAAUUGAAGGGCUAAUCUGACGCCAGUGCUAGAGUCUGUAUCAAAUUAAAACAGACUCUGGUUUAAAAAAAAAAUCAGAACCCUGACAAAUCUUGAAAAAAAUGAUGAAAAUUUCGUCUCUAGCUUUUUUUGGAGUUUCAAUUAUGACCUUCAAAAUUCCACUUCUGACUCAAGGUAGUGUGAAGAGAUGGCUUCAACUCCAAUAAUAACAUGCCAAACUUCCACAGCCCUGUUUGAGAUGAAUUAGAAUAAUUUAAUCUGGUUUUAAUUUUAUUAUAAAAUAACAUGAUCUUGCUGAUGUUAUUAUUUUUGUGUAUGAAUAUAUUUUCUUGUGAAUGUGUUCUGGUAAUUCAUAGUUA